AUGAAAAUGGAUACCUCUAUCAUGGAGCAGAUGUAAGUUCUUUCUAUAGUUAACUGCUCUCCUUCCCCCUUUUCCUGCUCCUCCUCCUCCUCCUUCUCCUUCCCUCCUCCUCCUCAACAUUAUCAUCAUUAUCACCAUCAUCACCGUGAACAUCAUUUCUCGUUUACUUUUCUUCUUCUUCUUCUUCUUCUUCUUCUUCUUCUUCUUCUUCUUCUUCUUCUUCUUCUUAAGGUGAAAAGCAAAAUUUCCACUGAUUAUAUCACUUCACCCUAAUCAUCCAGCUACACGUUUACUGUUAUUUACUAUUUUCUCUGUUUCUCUUUUAAGAAUGCCUGUGAAGAGUUCGCUUGUUUAAAUGGAGGAACCUGUCAAUCCGGAUUCACACUAGAAAGAUAUCGAUGUUUGUGCCCUCUAGGUUUUAGGGGUAAGCGCUGUCAAGCAGGUAAGAAAAUAAAAGAGGUAAAAUGA